AUGAACUGCGACAACUCAGCCGCCGCCUCCACUCAGUUCCCUCUCACUAAACAGGAACAGGAAGAAACGCUUUGGUCCAGCCCGUCUACUCCCUCCGAUAUAUCUCUACCUCAUACUCCAAUCACAAAAACCGAAGAAGACUACUCUGUAUACCACGUGCCAAAAGGAUACGAUGUGGUCCUCGUCCCUAAACUAGCAGACCAGAC